UCCUAGUGUGUAGAAACACAACUGAUUUUUGUAUAUUGAUCUUGUAUCCUGCACCUUCACUGAACUUGCUUAUUAGAUUUUCUGUCUGGAUUCCUUAGCAUUUUCUCUCCAUAAGAUCAUGUCAUCUGUGCUAGAGGUAGUUUUACUUCUUCCUUUCCAAUCUAGAUUCCUUUUAUUUCAUGUUCUCACCUAAUUGGCAUGGCCAGAGCCUCCAGUGAAAUGUUGAGGACAAGUGGUGAGAGGACGUCCUGAGGUUGUUCCCGAUCAGAGGGAAAGCUUUCAGUCUCUCACCACUGAGCACAGCAGCCGGGGAUUUUCCUAGAUGGUCUUCAUCAGUUUGAGGGUGGUCCCUUCUACUCCAGCUUUGCUGACUGUUUUUCUCUGUGUCUGUUGAGAUAAUCACGUGGUUUUGUCCUUUGUUCUAUUAGUGUGGCAUACUACCUUGAUUGAUUUUCAGAUGCUAAAUCAAUCUUGCGUUCCAGGGAUAAAUCCUGCUUCAUCAUUUUUAUAUGUUGCUGGAUUCGAUUUGCUGGUAUUCAGCUGAGCAGUUCUGCCUCUAUAUUCACAAAAGAUAUGGUCUGUAGAUUUCUUUCCUUGUGAUGUCUUUGUUGGGUUUGGUGUCAGGGUGAUCCUGGCUUUGUAGGAUGAGGUGGGCCGUGUUCUCUCUUCUUCUUCAUGUAUUUUUUAGUGUUACUCUUCACUGUAUCUUCAUGGUGUUGCUCUGUGCAACUAACUUGCUCAGUGGGAUCCAGCAUUUGGCCCAGCCAUAUCCCUGGAUGUGUACAGUUUACUGCAUCGACCAUUCUUAGCCAUGAACAUCCAUUGGAUGUUGGUGACUGUGAAGGGGUGUGUGGUGAGAGCCCCUCUCUGGGUAGAUAAAGUCAGUGCUCCAAAAGCCUGCACACCAGCUCUCAGGUUGUCAUCAGCAAGACCUUGGGGGAGCUCCUGCUAUAAAAUUGCCCAAGCCUGUUGGUUGGAAAUGCAUUUUUCUGGAUUUUUGUUAGGGCAUUUUAGAGCAAAGAAAAUCUACUCGGUUAUGUUUAGGCCACAUAAGAGUGAGGUACAGGAGUUGAAAUCCCUGUAGAAAGUGAGAGCCCAUCUGAGAAGUUCCUCGAGACAAUGUCAGCCAAAUAUCAGACUGGGGCAAGUGGGCGGGCUAAGGCAGAGUGUCCUAAGUGGCACCAUCUUGUCUGGGAUCACAUCGUCUUGUCACCAGCCCACUGAGCCAGACAGCCUGUGGGUGCCUCUAAACAACUAUUCCACAAACCACGUAUAAACCUGAAAACAUGGAGAGAGUUCUCGGGGAAGAGGAUAACUGUUUUAGUUGUGCUUUGCUUGCACUGAUUGUCGUCAUUUUGCUGUAAACAACUUCACACGCCUGUCACACCAACCUUUCCACUUUCAAAGAAGUGGGAGGAGAAGGACAAAGACCCCUCAGCCCCAGGAAUAAAUCAGCCUGAGGGAGGUUUGUGAUGGUCACGUGGUGAGACCUGUAGUGUGUCACCCGUGAUGUGGGGACUGGCCUGGAGAAGCUCAGUCCAUGCUACUUCUCACGGAUAUCCACAAGUGGGGAGCUGCCGUUAGGGUCCUGCUGGGUCUCCCAGGCAUGAAAGGUGCUCCUGUCUAGAAAGGGCUGUCAUUGGUGUCUGAGGGGCCCUAGGGACGCCCCAAGCUGGAGGUCAUCCCCAGGAGUCCGCUUGCCUCCUUUCAGGACAUCGUGUGCAGCUACGAGCUCAGAACAGCCAGCGUGAGUCCUGCCGAUUCACAGAACAGUCCCCAGAGCUGUGCACUCCCUCGUCAACGGAUCAGGGUGGCUUACUGCCAUCCCGUUGUGCCCAGAGGUCAGGUGCUGCCCAGGGCCUCUCAGCCAGGUUCAUACCCUCGUCUUAUCAGCGUCUUGCCUGACACCGACAGCCCCACAGCUCCCAGUGUGGAGGGGCCUGGAUGGUGCCCAGCUGGUGGAGUACCUGUGUUGGGAUGAGGGAUCAAGGAGGGUGUCUGCAGCAGUGGAAAGCGGGUGGGGUCCAGACCCCCCCACUCCCUGACUUGGACCUUCACCUCCACAGGCCUCCUAAAACCACCCCAGUGACCUAGGCUAGUCAGUUACCUGGUGGCCUGGGUGUCCUUAUCUGUGAAACGGGCACAGUAAUAGGGCUUCCCUAGAACCUGGGGAGCUCUGGCCUUGACUGUGUGAGGUAUGUGUAGGGUCGGCUGAGUGCCUGUGGGCCCAAGAUGUAGGGCCCAGUGGUGGAUCUGGCACCUAAGGGUGGGGCCCAGCUCAGAGUGGUGGUGGCAGCAAGGGUGACAGCAGGUGAGCUGCAGGAAGUCCUGCAGGACAGACUCAGGCCAGAGACGAGGUGACGGUACUUGGGGACAGGGUAACUGGGGACAGGCGUAUGGCGGAGGUGGCUCUGGCCACAGUGUGGAGGUGGGCUGCAUGGCUUCGGCCUCAGGCACGGGGCCCAGGGUGUCCCCCACUCCCACCAGGCGCUGAUACACUGACUGGCAGGGCUGGAAGUCUGGGCAUGAGUGCUGCUGUCUGAGGCCACAUCGCCACUGAGCCAGAGUUGCUCCUGUUCCAGGUCCUGGAGCCCUGACCCAGCUCCCAGGAAGCCUCUGGUUUCCACCCUGCACUGAGAUCACAGACCACUGGAGCGGUUCCUAGCCGGGCUCCCUGGGGCGGCCCCCUCCCCACCCUCAGGGCCCCUCCCAAGCAAACCCAGGUCCCCCUCCACCAGGCUCCCUCCCUUGCCCCAGAGGCAGGCAAAAGCAAUCCCCAUGCUUCCCUAUGACCCUGACCCUGCCUCAUCCAGCCCUCCGGGCAGCCAGUGGUUCGAGACUUAGUCCCCAGAGCAGGGUCAGAGCAAGACAUGAAGGCUGUUCAGUACCCAGCUGGGCAGCCUGUCACUCCUCUAUGACCCUCAUAGGUGCCGGCAGCUGGCUUGGUGCUCCUGUCAGCCACUCACCAUGGCCUGGGAACUGCCCAGCACCACCAGCCUGGUGCAUUUCUGCCAGAAGCUGAACCGGCUGAAGUCACUGGAGGAGCCCACCAAAGAGAUGCCACUGCAGCGCCACCUGACCACAUUGGACCUAAUCCUGCUGGGUGUGGGUGGCAUGGUGGGCUCAGGCUUCUAUGUGCUUAUGGGCUCUGUGGCCAAGGAGAUGGCCGGCCCUGCAGUGCUUGUGUCCUUCAGCAUCGCUGCUGUGGCCUCCCUGCUGGCAGCCCUAUGCAAUGCGGAGUUUGGGGCCCGUGUGCCCCACGCGGGCUCUGCCUACGUGUUCACCUAUGUGUCCAUGGGCGAGCUGUGUGCCUUCCUCAUUGGCUGGAACAUACUUCUCCAGUAUCUAAUUAGUGGCGCUGCUGUGGCCUGUGCCUGGAGCGGCUACUUGGACGCCAUCUUCAGCCACAGAAUCCACAGCUUCACCAUGGCCCAUGUGGGUAUCUGGCAGGUGCCCUUCCUGGCAUAGUACCCAGACUUCUUGGCUGCUGGCACGGUACUUUUGGCCUCCACACUUGUAUCCUGUGGAGCCCGUGUCCCUUCCUGGCUCAACCACAUGCUGCUUCUCAUCAACCUGGUCGUCAUCCUCUUCAUCAUCAUCCUGGGGUUUGUCCUGGCCCGCCCGCACAACUGGAGCGCUGAUGAGGGCGGCUUUGCACCCUUCGGCUUCUCUGGUGUCAUGGCUGGUGCCGCCACCUGCUGCUGUGCCUUCAUGGGCUUUGAAGACAUUGCUGCCUCCAGCGAGGAGGCCCAGAACCCAAAGCGAGCUGUGCCUAUGGCCAUCACCAUUUCCCUUGGCCUGGUGGCUGGUGCCUACAUCCUUGCCUCCACUGUGCUCACCCUCAUGGUGCCCUGGCACAGCCUAGACCCUGGCUCGGCGCUCACUGAUGCCUUCUUCCAGCGGGGCUACAGCUGGGCGGGCUUCAUUGUGACAGUUGGCGCUAUCUCUGCCAUGAACACCAUCCUGCUCAGUGACAUCUUUUCCCUGCCACGCCUCGUACACGCCAUGGCCACCGAUGGGCUCUUCUUCCAGGUGUUUGCCCAUGUGCAUCCCCAGACGCAGGUCCCUAUAGUGGGCAUCUUGGUAUUUGGGGUCCUAAUGGCUUUCCUGGCGCUGCUGCUGGACCUCCAGGGACUGUUCCAGUUGUUGUCCAUCAGUGUACUGCUAGCCUACACCUUCCAUGCCACAGGCAUUAUUGUGCUACGCUUCCACAAGUCCCCUCCAGCCAAUUCCCUGGACCCAGGCAGUCCUGUGGGCACAGAGCAGGCCUCAGCCCCUGAGCCUGGGCAGCUGCGACCAGCCCUGAGGCCCUACCUUGAAUUCCUGGGUGGGUGCAGACCUGGAGCCGCCGUGGCUUGGGCACUCGGUGUCCUGUUGGCCUCGGCCAUCACUCUGGAUUGCGUGCUGGUCUUCGUGGACUCGACCCUGCACCUCCCACCCUGGGGCCACACCCUGCCGCUCCUGCUCAGCUCCGUCGUGUUUCUGCUCAGUCUCCUCAUACUGGGGGCCCACCAGCAACAGCGCCUGGAGGACGCCUUUCAGGUUCCCAUGGUGCCCCUGACUCCAGCCCUGAGCAUCCUCCUCAACGUCUUCCUCAUGCUGCAGCUGAGCUCCCUGACCUGGCUGUGCUUGUGCAUCUGGCUGCUGAUUGGACUCAUGGUGUAUUUUGGCUACGGCAUCUGGCACAGCAAGGAGAACCUGCAGGAGCAGCCAGGGUUGACUGCCACAUGCGGCAGCCUGGAGGAGACAGUGCAGACCCUGCAGCCCCCCAGCCAGGCCCCGGCCCAGGAUCCCAGCCACAAGGAGCAGCCCACCAGUCCAUGAGGACCGCUGGGGGCCUGCCUGCCCUCCUCCACCUCCUCACGGGGACAGAGGGGCUAGCAGCUCCUUUUAUCCAGGGCAGCUAGGGUUUGCAGGCCUGUCUAUGCCAAGGAGUCCUCAGCUCCCCAGACCUGAGCCCAGGUGCCAAACUUCGAGUCUUUGGGAGUGGGCCGUGGCCAGUGCUGGUGUGCUGGACUCUGCCCAGCACCUUCCAGUUUAUGACCAACUCCAGCUACCUAGGCAGGUGAGCAGGGCGGGAAGGAAAGAGGCCCACAGCCCCAGGGAUCCACAAUAAUAACUGCUCAGUCACCUCCAUGACCUGCCAUCAUGUCCACUGUGGUGUUCUUUGUGGCACUGAGUCCUCACCUGCCCCCAGGAACCAGACGAUUGUCCCUAAUCCACAGCAAAGAUGCUGAGGUUCUAUAAGGGGGAGGCACCAGCCCUGGGACAGCCCUGAGUCAGGGACAUGACCUGGCCAGGGUCCUGGAGUCCUGCCCUCAGGCCUGCCCUCAGAUCAGUUCAGAGGGGACCUGCACAUAUUCCUACACACAUGAGGCAUAGAGGGGUCCCUGACAGGGUGGGCCCAGGCUCCUUCCGUGGCAUCCAUCAUGUCCCCUUGGGGGCAGAUCCAGAGAGCAGAACCUGGACUCCUAGAAGGCCACCUAGAAAGGGCAGUGGAGUUCCUGGGUCCCCUCAGUUUCCCAGGGCUCCUAGACAGCAGGGCAUGUGCUUGAGGCCCUGGGAUGCAGAGGCCCACCUGCCCAGGUACACACAUCAUGCAUCUCUCAGGCACAGGCCCACACGGCUCCCCUGGGGGUGCACAGCCACGUGCAGACUGAGGCAACAGCUGUUUCCAAGCUCAGGCCCUGCAGCUCCUGCUGCCUCUCUCCUGUCACCCCCUCAGGGAUUUGGGAUGAAGGCUUGGGAAGGGACACACGCAUGCAGCUGGGUGCACAAGCACUUGGACCCUACUUGGUGGCUGUGGGGCCCCAUCCUCGGGGUCCCUAGGCUCACCUUCCACCCUCACUGGUCUCUCGAAGGCAAUGCCAUGUCUACCAUAGACACUUCCACCACCCUGUUCCUGCCUGUGAGGACCACACAGGAAGCUGCUGGCUCUGGCAGCUUUACUCCUUGACUCUCUGCAGCCUUGACACCAGCUUUCUCAGGGCCCCAGGACAGCCAGGUACACGUGACCCCACUCCAAUAACCAGACCUCAGGGCCGUGAACUCUCACCCCAGCCCUUCUGACCCCACCUCCCAUGGACACUGCUUUGGGGAUUGAGAGGCAGCAGGGACCCCAAAGCCUUUGCGGGGGCUCAAGGUUCCAGAUGAUUCCAGAUGCUUCCCAGCCUGAGCCCCAGCCCUAGGCCUCCCCAACCUGGCCCAUGUCAACUCUACCAGCAAGCUGCCAGCAUGCCCUGGUCACCAGGGACCCAUAAGAAGGCAGCCCCUUGUCUCCCUGGCAUGGGCACUCCCAAAUCCCUGCCCCUCCCUGGGACAAAGAGAGGGCUGGACUGCUGCAGCCCCCAUCCCUCCCCUCCUGACUGUGGGCCUGGGACAUGGGGAAAUUCUCCAGCAUGCAGGACUCAGGCCCCCAGGAGGAUGCCAGAGCCACAACCUGGCCAGCCUGCUGGGGCUUCCAUGUGCUCUGCUAAGGACAUUCUCUCCAGCCCCUGGGCUGCACCUGGGGUCUUGGUCAGAGCAUGUCCUUGUGUAGUUGCCUCAGGCUGGGGUGGGCAGCUGGCCAGACAUGCUCUCAGGUGUGACCUUGGGUAGCAGUGACAUAUGUGUCCACAUAUACAGCCUCCCCACCCUAUGGCUCCCUGCAGCCCAGUGAGCAGGGUGCUGGGCUUGGGGUCACCAAGGAGACAGACAGAAGGUCCCAAAGGAUCCCAAUGCCCACCAACUCAGCCUGUCCACCUUCCUCCCCAUCCCAACCCCCCACAGCCCAAGGGUUCCACCAGGAAGAAGCUGGUGCUCACAAGCUGAGUGGUUAUGGGCCCAAGAGGUGCCUGUGCCCUUGCCUGGGGUCCCAGGCCAUCGGAUCAUCUGCCCACUGCAUUCAUUCUAUGGAUGAGGCCCGGAGCUGAGAGGGGACCUGCCCUAGGACCCCAGCACCAGAGCAGCUGAGACAGCUCCUUGUCAGGCUGCUUUCUCCCCUGCCUUGGACUCUGGCUGCACAGAACCAAACUUCCCUGCCUGAGAGGCCUGGGCUGAGCCACUCUGGCUGUGGCUAUCGCCCCCUCCCACCCCUCACCCCUGCCGGCCUCCACUCACCCUGGCCUGGCCCCUCCCUCCCCAGUGAGGAGGGUGUUGAAGCCAACCUCAGAGAGCUGGAGCAGGCUCCAGGCCUCCACGCCUGAGGCCUCCCCCAGUGAGUGGCAGUCCUGGGGGCAGGAGAGUCUACUGGCCUGCUCUGCCCAGUCCUGGGCUGGUCUGGCCCUCACAGGCCUCAUCUUACUCAUCCAUUGACUCCAUCCACCCCCAGCCUGAGUCCUGGGUCUCAACCCUGUGUCAUUGCUGAAGACACAGUGGACAAGCAAGCUGGGACUUGCUGCUCAGAAGCUCCCUGCCUGCUGAGGGGAAGGGGACAGAAGGGUCCCUAAACAGA